GAAAAUAGUUACAGUAUUCAUUAAACGUUACAACUAUCGUUUUCCCAAAGCUAAACAUUCUAUACCAAACCCCCACCCACUCUUAAACAACAUGUUCAAAUCAUACCAUAACACAACAGAAUAUUAUGAUCCCAUCUUAAAAGAAGAAGCUACUUAAUUAAAUCCACCACCACCAUUAGAAAAUGGCAGAUUCCGACAUAGAGACCAGCAGCAACCACAACAGCAACAACAGUAUUAGCAACACCUCAGCCGCAUCAACAACGACAAGCGUUCAUAUUUCUGCUCUCGACGGGAUAGUCAACGCAAAUUCUCUCUUCACGGUUGCAGUCUUUGUUGGAAUCUCUUUCGACCAACCGCGUGACCUCACUCUCACGGACAGAGCUGAGUGCAACGCGGGAAUAGACGUGGAACGAGACCUAGUUGUCUUCGAAGUCAUCUCAUUUGCAUUCUUCCUCUUCUCAUCCCUCGUGGCUCAAGGGCUGAAGGUAACCAUCAACUUGUUGAACAGCAAGGAAACAGACGAGGUGUUUAAAGCAGAUAUCGAUUGUGAUCUGCUUCGCCUCGGUGUGGUUGGUGCAGCUGGUGGAUCCAUAUUGGGGUGUGUGUUCCUUCUGUUGUCAAUGGUUGAAGUUAUUCAGCUCCGUCUUGGGCUGCUCUCUUGUGGUAGCUCAUUGGCGAUUCAUACUGUGUUGGCACUUGUGGUCUUGGUCUCUUCUGCUCUCAGUGUUUAUAUCUUCACUGUGUUUUACUCUUUCAGAAAAUGAUUAGUCUUUUUAUAUAUUAAGAACUCUAACACUUGUAAAGUAACAUUUAGUUGUGAAAUUAGUAGUAAUAUACACAUGUAUCUUGGUAUCCAUUAAACUGAAGCUCAAUACAAUGUAUAAGAAAAUACAUGUAUCUAGAUUUAAAAGCAAGUGUGAUAGUAGUAUAAAUAUCUCUCUUAGAGAAGUUUUAUUGUAACAGUUAGCUGCCUCUUUGAGCAGCCUCCUUCAAACUCUCUCUAUGACAUUAAUCAGUUUUUAAUCUUUUGGUGACGACUCACAGUUUCCCUCUUCCCUUUUACUUUUGGUCCACAUAAUAAAUAUUUCAUGAGCUAUUUGCUUUCUAUCUACUUGAUUAUUUCUUUCUAAAGAAAGCUUUUAGAGUAUAACAGUUCUUGUUUUUUGAAUCUGCUAUCAGUAUCUUCAUAAAAAUAUGUAUACUAUUUAAAUAACGUAAAGCAAAUAUACAUCCUUCGGUUGAAAAGAUGGUUACAAAGAUGUGAACUAUGAGAAUCUCAGGUAGAUCUCUCUCUGUAUUUAGCAAAACCACAAAACCUCCAGCAAUGAAACCAGCUCAUGUUCUGCUCAUUCCGUAAGAACUGAAUUCGAAACUAGAGACUGUAAGAGCAUACAAACUUAUCAGCAAGAAUAAAGCAGUAGUGAAGCUAUUGAUGACAAUAGGUUGAAGGGCAUACAAUGGAAAUCGAGAAACCACCCAAAAACAGUCCAUAUAUAUUGCAAAUGAGACGAAAUUUUCAAAUAUUUCAUUUAAUCAUUAGCAUGAUUACAAUCGGCUUAUAAACUUCUUGAACCAAACUCGAUGGAUCUGUAGGAAAACUCCAACAAAGAAGACCAGCAAAACUAGAUUUAAAGUACAUAUGUGUACACUCCUAAACUAGAUUUAUAAAUAAGUUAGCCCCGCGGUUUACAACCGAACCUAUCGUACCAAACGAAAAUUUUGGUUUUCGGUUUAUGUUCAAUCAUGAUUUUUGUUUUAGUCCACAAGAUUUGAAAAUCAAUCAGGUUACCGGUUUGGUUUGAACAAAAUGAACAGUUAACCUGAUUUUUUUUAAAUAUAAAUAAAAUAAAUUAUACCAAAACUAAAUUGGUUUAUACCAAAAAUAAACCAAUACUAACCAAUACUCAAUUAAACCGAAUUAAGAUAACUGAAUUUAACCAAAAUAUGUCAUUUAAUCAAUUUUAUUGAAUUGUUAAAAAAAAUGAAUUUUGGUUAAUUUCGUUUUUGAAAUUAAAAGCUGAAAUUAACUUAGGUAUGACAUCCUCAUUGUAAUUCAUCAUUAUCAUAUGUUCCUAACCACCGAUGGAGUCUAACAAGGUUUUUAGUAACAUUGUUAGUUUUCAUAAUGAUGAUUCCGAUGGAUACGUUUUGCGGCACGAGCUGUUUCAAUACAGAUGGCCAAACACAACGGAGUCUUAUGAAGAUUGUGAGACGCUAUCUGAAUUUUAUUUUCCUUCUACUAAUGGAGGAUAAUCCGUCGGAAAAAUAUAUGAAGAAUUGACGGCUGUUGGUUCAUUUGGUCAAUGGAAUUUGAUGUGGCAAGUUUAAUGGUCAAAAGAAUAUUUGCAGUACUGAAGAAAAAAUAUGGUAAUGCUCGUAAUUGGAUACAAUAUAUGUGGUAUAGGAUUAUGAGCAAUCCUGAAUCAAUGAAGAAACCAUGGAAACUGUGAUGGAGGAGACAAUGGUUCAGAAAUGGAGAUGUGCUUCUUUUGUUGUAUAGAGAUAUUCGUAUAAUCGUUGCAAAUUGACAACUCCAACUUAUAUUCAUCUCUAAAGAAUCAAUAUAUUGGAUUCUUUAUGGAAUGGUAUAUUUAGAUCCAAGUUGUGAGUUGACUAAUGUUAUACAACAACAAAAAAUUGGUGUUGAUAGAAAUUAGGUUACAAUGUAAAGUUUGGAGUUUCAUCUUAUGGAUGCUAGCCAAAUACGACAUUCGCAAGAGACCGAGAACAAGCAUGCGUGAUUAAUAUUCUGGUUAAAGCUCUGACAAGAAGUAAAGAGUCUCUUCGGAAAAAGCAUCCUCACGUAAUGCUUUCUUUGUGUUGUUUUGUGUAAUUUUGUAUUUUGUGUUUCAAUUGUUUGUAAGAACAUCUCCAAUAUAAAACUCCAUAUUUUCCUCCAAAAUAGAGUAAAAGUGAAUAUGGAGUAAAAAUACUCUAACCCUACUCUAUUUUUCUUUUCAUAAUGGAGUAAUGAACAAACAAAAAAUAGAUUACUCCAUUUAUGGAGUAAAUUUCAUUAUGGAGUAGAAUAUGGAGUUGGGUUGGAGCACUUAUUAUUCCAAAAUCACUUUUACUCUAUUUUGGAGGAAAAUAUGGAGUUGGGUUGGAGAUGCCCUAAGUUUAUGUAUUGUUACUUUAUACUCCAUCUAUUUUAUAAUAAAUGUCAUUUGUAUUGUUACUUUAUACUCCAUCUAUUUUAUAAUAAAUGUCAUUUAUAACAUUUUUUAUUGAGAAAAAGACAAAAUAGCACCAAAGUAAGUUUUUGUCACAAAAAUAGCAUCACAAGAAGGAAAAUGACCAAAAUAAGUUUUAUUGAAGGGUAAAUAUGUAUUUAUAACUCUUGGGUUAACUAAUUUACGACUUAGGGUUUAGAGUAAAGGGGUGGGAUUUUAGUAAUGUGUUCAAAUAUUUAAAAAUAAAAAAAUAAAUAUUAAAAUUUUCAAAACAAAAAGUGUUAUUUUGGUCAUUUUAUUUUUGAGUGCUAUUUUUGUGUCAAAAACUUAAAAAAUGCUAUUUUAGAGAUUUGCCCUUUUUGUUAUACAAAAAAUUCUACUUUGUAAUUUCAAUGCAAAUUAUUAUUACUUUCAGCUAAAAAUUAUUUGCAAACUGCAUUUAUUUUAUAAAUAAUUUUAUUUAUCUCAAAUAUUGUUGAUUAGAGAAAUGUAAUUAAUAAUAACUUACAUAUAUUUCCGUCAUUUUUUAAUAUUUGUGAAAAAUAUAAAACUGACACUUAUUUAGAAAUGGAUGGAGUAUUAAUCAAUAAAGAUAGUUGUUAAAAAACGAAAUUAACUGAUACCAACCCGAAUUGAAUGUAAUUGAGUUUAUUUUGGAAUUAUUUAAAAAACUUCGGUUCACUGAAAAAUUAAAAACUGACUCACUUCGGGUUUGGUAAAUCGAAGUCGCAGGUCUGGUAUUAACGAAAUAUCUAAGAAGAGUUCAAACCAUGGCCUAAAACUAUUUCCAGAAAAUCAGCUGUUGCUUCAUCACGCGAAUACUUCCGGUUCGAACACGGUAACGGUGAGUGGCGCGAGAGUCACUCCCUACCUCUUAGAGCAUGAACAUCGCCAAGUCCUUAAGGUGGUCCUUGUGUUUUUGGUGUGGGACCCACCAACUUUUCUAGAUUACUGAACCAAUUUGUCCCUAAAUAAGAAACGUCCUACUGCUGUCCUUAACCCUAUUCGCGGUGCAAUUGGUCUAUUUUAAUUUUUUUUUUUUUUGGAAAAAACAAAAUUAAAAAAAAAAAGAAAAAAUUUACCUAAGGACUUUUAAAGGUCCUACUGAUAAAGAUGC